UCAUUCAGUCUCUCCGGCAGACAGCGUGGAAACAUGGUGCUCGACUUGGACCUGUUCCGGACCGACAAAGGCGGCGACCCAGAAAUCGUCCGUGAGACUCAGAGGAAGCGGUUUAAAGAUGUGACUCUAGUGGAUAAACUGGUGGCGGCAGACACAGAGUGGAGGAAAUGCCGCUUCACCGCAGACAACCUCAACAAGGCGAAGAACCUCUGCAGCAAGAGCAUUGGGGAGAAAAUGAAGAAGAAGGAACCAGUUGGAGAUGACGACUCUGUACCUGAGGAGGCCCAGAACCUGGAGUCCCUCACAGCUGAAACACUUUCGGCCCUGACGGUGACUCAGAUCAAGAAGGUUCGUUUGCUGGUGGACGAGGCCGUGGAGAAAACCGACAGCAAGAGGAUAAAGCUGGAGGCGGAGCGCUUCGAGUACCUGAGGGAGAUCGGAAACCUGCUGCAUCCAUCUGUGCCCAUCAGCAACGACGAGGAUGCAGACAACAAGGUGGAGCGCACCAGCGGCGACUGCAGCGUCCAGAAGAAGUACUCCCACGUGGACCUGGUGGUCAUGGUCGACGGCUUCGACGGGGAGAGGGGAGCCGUGGUGGCCGGCAGCAGAGGCUACUUUCUGAAGGGCCCGCUGGUGUUCCUGGAGCAGGCUCUGAUCAACUACGCCUUAAGGAUCCUCUACAGCAAGAACUACACCAUGCUGUACACGCCCUUCUUCAUGAGGAAGGAGGUGAUGCAGGAAGUCGCCCAGCUCAGCCAGUUUGAUGAGGAGCUCUACAAGGUCAUCGGUAAGAGCAGCGAGAAGUCCGACGACAACUCCAUAGAUGAGAAGUACCUCAUCGCCACCUCAGAGCAGCCCAUCGCCGCCUUCCUGAGGGAGGAGUGGCUCAACCCGGAGGACCUGCCCAUCCGCUACGCCGGAUUCUCCACCUGCUUCAGACAGGAAGUGGGCUCCCACGGCCGGGACACCCGCGGGAUCUUCAGGGUGCACCAGUUCGAGAAGAUCGAGCAGUUCGUCUACGCCUCCCCACAUGACGGCAAGUCGUGGGAGAUGUUUGACGAGAUUAUCGGGACAGCGGAGGAGUUCUACCAGUCGCUAGGAAUCCCUUACCGCAUCGUCAACAUCGUGUCCGGAGCCCUGAACCACGCAGCCAGUAAGAAGCUGGAUCUGGAGGCCUGGUUUCCUGGUUCAGGAGCCUUCAGAGAGCUGGUCUCCUGCUCAAACUGCACCGACUACCAGGCCAGACGCCUCCGCAUCCGCUACGGACAGACCAAGAAGAUGAUGGACAAGGCAGAGUUUGUGCACAUGUUGAACGCCACCAUGUGUGCGACCACCCGUGUGAUGUGCGCCAUCCUGGAGAACUACCAGACUGAAGAGGGCAUCGUUGUUCCAGAGAAGCUCAGGGAGUUCAUGCCUCCAGGUUUGACAGAAAUCAUUAAGUUCGUCAAACCGGCUCCCAUCGACCAGGAGAUGUCCAAGAAGGCAAAGAAGCAGCAGGACGGAGGGAAGAAGAAGAAGCAGGGAGGAGGAGGAGACCAAAACCUGCCCAACGCCAUGGAGGGCAUGUCUGUCAACGAGUCAUAGACUCCAGGAAGCAGCCUCACCUGAGCAGCCUCACAUAUACAAACCCAUGGAACAGAGAGAAUCAUCUGGGAUCAGCUGAAAUAUUAAGGUUAGGAAACAGAGAAACAAAUCUCUGAAGUGGCACUUAAUGAUCUUAAAGAUUAUAAUAACCUGAGUCUGAAGGCUUGGCUCUGUCCCAUCUGGUUGUAUCUGAAUAAAUGGUGUUUUUCAUCUCGUUUUGUCGUUCACAUGAAGCACAUUCAAAAAGGGAUCUCCACCCACAAUCCACUUCACCUGUCCGUCACUUUCUCACAUCUACAGCUGAACUGAGCCUAAAACCAGCAGAUAAGGAUUAGUUAGCCUGUUGCUACAUUGAGAUAACGCACACGUAUGUUUUUCCAGCUGUUUUGGGAUCUGUUAUCAUCUAAAAGUGGUUUUAAGACCUUUAGUAUUACUGAUCACAAAUACUGUCUGAGAUGGUGAGAACAAAACCUCUAUCUGUUCUGCUACUUCCUGUCUGAAAUGACUUCAAAAUUAUUGCCAUCAGCUGCUUUAACUGUCUGUUUUAGGCUUCCUUUCAUAUCAUCAUUUCCAACCACUGUUGCUUCAAGUCAUCGUUCCAUCAACUAGCUUCUGAUUGAGACAUUGACCAACUCUGUCGGUUCUUGCUGAUAUAAAUAUAUAAAUAUAUAUGAUUGAACAUCGAUGAAGUAUCGCUCACUGUAAACAAUAAAACAAUUGGUAUGGAA